CGGACUCACACAGGGGAAAAACUAUAUUUAUGUACGGAGUGUGGAAAGAGCUUUAAUGAUAGUGGAAGCCUUAGACAACAUCGAUGGACUCACACAGGGGAGAAACCGUUUCAGUGUAUGGAGUGUGAAAAGAGUUUUAGUAAUAGUGGAAGGCUUAGAAGACAUCAACAGACUCACAAAGGGGUGAAACCAUAUAAAUGUAUAGAAUGUGGAAAAAGCUUCAGUCAGAAUGCAGACCUUAAAAAACAUCAACGGAUUCACACAGGGGAGAAACCAUAUAAAUGUAUGGAGUGUGGAAAGAGCUUCGGUCAGAGUGGAGAGCUUAGAUCACAUCAACGGACUCACACAGGGGAGAAACCAUAUAAAUGUAUGGAGUGUGGAAAGAGCUUCGGUAAGAGUGCACACCUUAGAAAUCAUCAUCGGAUUCACACAGGGGAGAAACCAUAUGAAUGUAUGGAGUGUGGAAAGAGCUUCGGUCAGAGUGGAGAGUUGAGAAGACAUCAACUGACUCACACAGGGGAGAAACCAUAUAAAUGUAUGGAGUGUGAAAAGAGCUUUAAAGAAAGUGGAAACCUUAGAAGACAUCAACGGACUCACACAGGGGAGAAACCAUUUAAAUGCAUGGAGUGUGGAAAGAGCUUCAGUCAGAAUGCAGACCUUAGAAAUCAUCAGCGGACUCACACAGGGGAGAAACCAUUUAAAUGCAUGGAGUGUGGAAAGAGCUUCAGUCAGAGUGGAGAGCUGAGAAGACAUCAACGGACUCACACAGGGGAGAAACCAUAUAAAUGUAUGCAGUGUGGAAAGAGCUUCGGUCGGAGUGGAGAGCUUAGAUCACAUCAACGGACUCACACAGGGGAGAAACCAUAUAAAUGUAUGGAGUGUGGAAAGAGCUUUAAAGAAAGUGGAAACCUUAGAAGACAUCAACGGACUCACACAGGGGAAAAACCAUUUAAAUGCAUGGAGUGUGGAAAGAGCUUCAGUCAGCGUGCACACCUUAGUAAUCAUCAACAGACUCACACAGAGGAGAAACCAUAUAAAUGUAUAGAGUGU